AUGUCUUCUUAUAAAAGUGACUUUCGACCACUAAAAGAGGACGACCCCUCGACCGAGAAGCUACCCGAUCUAGAGCCAUCACUGCCCGAAAACGACCAAGAUGCGUGUCCCUUAUUCACAAAGCUACCGCCAGAGGCACGCAAUCGCAUCUACGCACUUUCUUUGGAGCACUCGGGCGUAAGGCCUUGGUCAGAUACGAGUCAGCCAGCGCGGAGGGAUCCAGGAGGUGCAGACAACAACGAAGACGAGACCACGGGUACAAAUGCCCCGUAUCGGGGAAACGCGUUCUGCUUCCGACCAGGAGAAGCCUCUCUUCUCCCGGCUGAAGUCAGCGAGCAUACAUUCUGGUUCUACCGCGGUCCUCCACAUGUCAAGAACGCUUUUUCUCCCAGGGAUUAUUUCAGUAAAAUGAGCCCCAAACAACAAUCACAAGUACAACACCUCCAUUUCUUUACCCAGCAAUUCUUUUUGGAGGAUACAUGGUCGAACAUCUGGAAUGGAAUCGAGGUUGUCCGCAAGAGGAAGAAAGAGUCCGUCGGAGGAGCUACCACCAAUGAGAUUGAUAAUAGACCAUCUCACAACGGCAUCAUCCCAUUCCCAUCAUACUUGGCAUCGCGUCAACUUUUGACAUCAGGCCUCACCCUUUCCACCGCCAUUCCCAACGUCCAAAGAAUACAAAUCAUCAAAAUCUCCCCGCGUACACGGACCAUCACCAUCCGCCACACAGACUGGUGGUUCUGGGAAGACAAUCAUCCCCUCGCCCUCAAUCCCUUCCAUGAAGGAGCCACCAUCUCCCAACACCAGGCCCGCCUAUACCCCCGCCCAGAUCCCUCCAGAGCUGCGUUCCCCUCUCAAAGAGCUUGGGGCAACAAAUUCAUCACCAUGCCCAGCCUUGAAGAACUCACCUUUGAAUUCGAGACCGUCAUGCGCAAACGAGAUCAACUAGACAAUAUUAUCCAGCGGGCCUUGCACUGGAAAUUCCCGCUUCGCUUUCGUCCCGGGACCAAGGAACUGAUCUAUCUCGUUGCGGACCCUGCGUCUCUUCGGGCGUAUACGUGGGUGGGCGCAACGGAGAAUGAUCUGAAGGCUGAAGAUAAUCAGCAGUCGGCGCUGGUUCCGCAGUUUGCGGGCGUUAUGUCUGGGAAUGAGGUUUUGGCCGCGGCGUGA